UGCGGAGAUCCAUCCAUCCAACAAGCGAGAUACAAGAUGGCGGCGCCCAGCGGUACGAGUCGAGUUCUAGUCCAAUACGUGGUAGUUCGCAGCGAUUUAUUGACCGAGCUCAAGUGGCCCACCGGAGCGGUGAUCGCGCAAGCUUGCCACGCGUCUACGGCCGUCCUUCACCUGUUUCGAGAGGACCCAGACACGCGAGAGUACACGGAAAAGCUGGAGAGCAUGCACAAAGUCGUGCUGGAGGCAACGUGCGAGGCCAAGUUGACACAGCUCUCACAAAAGCUCACCGAUGCCGGCGUGGACCAUAAACUGUGGACGGAACAACCCGAGAACAUCCCUACGUGCCUGGCGACGAAACCGUACUCGAAGACGGAGGUGCAGGCUCACUUUAAGAACUUCAAACUGUUCAAGUGAAAGUGACACGUAUCCUGCUAGUUCGCGGCCUUCACCAGUGCGAUUCUUCGAGGCAUCGUUCCGUGCCGACAGGCUCGCUUGUUUUGCUGCCGGAGUGAACGGCUUAUUGACGUCUAUAAAUAAACUGAACGGCCGUGCUUGCCGUUA